AUGGCGGAACAAGCAGGAAUAUGUAUCAAGUAUCCUGGUGAGUCAGAAACUCGUUCAACAUUCACAAAACCAAGUCAUUGUGUAUCAGAAGUUUUAACAAAUCAUGGUCAACUACGUGUAUGUAAACCAGGCUAUCAAAUUAAUCCACAUUCAGAAAGUAAACUAGACGGAUAUGGUUCUAUCAAACAAUAUGAAUUGAAUAAAAUGGAACAAUCAGAGUAUGCACAAACAUAUACUUGGCCAGAUGGUAAAAAGAUACAUACAAAUCCAUGGAACAGAUUACGAGAAGCUAAUCAUUUGUAUGGUGUUAAAUAA